AAGCGGUCGAGGAUUCCGGCGGCUUGAUCAGCUUGCGCCUACGUCAACAGGCAGCUAUACUCGCAGUUAUGUCAGCCGCAGCUGAUCGCCUUUCGACUCAUUAGCCAUCUAGAGCGGCGCAGAUAAGGGGGCGGGGGGUAUGAGUUGUCCCUCGCUUUACAUUAACUUAUUCACUGCGUCAGUUUGACCGCCAGAGACACUUUGGACUUCUUGCUAGUCGGUCUAUCCAGCAGGACGGGGCAGUCGUGGCUAACAUAUAUUGUACAUCAGAGCACAUAAAGAGACGCUCGACGCGCAUCCCGCAUAUCGAGGGAUAUGUGCAGGACAUCCGUACUUCUCCGCUGGUCGCUUCUUCUGUGGAUGCUUAAAGACGACGACGCCUUGGCCUACAAGUGUUCGGAAGUCUCUGACACAGUGUUCGACCGGGCUUCGGAAUGUGUCCUGAAGGUGAUGCACCCAGCCAUGCUAGAGGCGUUCGGGAAGAGCCAACCCUCUGCGAUCACCGCUUCUGGGACGCCGGACCUUCAGAGAGUCAAGCAAACAUGGAACAAAAGCUGCACUACUCAAGCCAACAGCAUUACUGAACUACUGGUGCCAAGUCAAGCUGAUGAAGAUAAAGCCAGGUUGACAUUCAUGGUCGAAACCUGCCUCAACAGCACCAUUUUCACCACUCAGUUCGAGGCGUCAGCAGCAGCCAAGUGACAAGAAGCUCGACAGUUAUGUCCAGAAAUGGAUCAUGUGCACGGAGACUGCCCCGGAGAGUCAAGAUUCUAUGAAAUUUUGGCAAGCUAUAAAAGGAAAAUACCAGUUUAAUGAACAAAAGAGCUUUAUUUUGGUGCACACAAGAGACACUAUACACACAAUGUAAGGUGAUAAGCAGGUGCAUAAAAAAAAAAAAAAAAACGCAACAUGGAAUGGCGCACCACAUCAGUACAUGAGACUGUCACUUGAAAGUA